CCAUAUCUUUGAGACUUUCACUUACCCAUCUAACAAAAACUUCAAAAUCAAUUUCCAAACUUGUUAAUUUUUGGAGCUUUUAUUUGUCUUGUUUACUUCAAAAAAUGGCUAGUUUUAAGUGUUUGGCAAUUCUUGUUUUGCUUGUUUCAGCACUGGCAGUGAGUGAAAGUAGGGUUGCAAGAAAGGACCUAGGGCUUGACCUUGGUGGACUUGGGGUUGGUUUAGGAGUUGGACUAGGGCUUGGAAUUGGUGGCAGUGGCUCUGGCUCAGGUGCAGGAGCUGGGUCUGGUUCUGGAUCAAGCUCUAGCUCUAGCUCAAGCUCGUCCUCCACAUCGCGGUCUAAUGGGGGUGGUUCUGCAGGCUCGGAAGCUGGCUCAUCUGCUGGAUCCUAUGCUGGUUCCAGGGCUGGUUCAGGCUCAAAUGGAAAUGGAAAAUGAGAUUUAAACUAGCUCCUGGUUGAUCAACAGAAAUUAAAACAAUACUUCACCAUCUUUACAAGUAGAUGGUGAUUAUCGUGUCUUAAAAUUUCUUAUAUUUUAUGUCGUUUAUGUGUCGUGUUAUGUCAUGUCAGUGGUACUCUUCUAGCAUGUUUGUUUUCUGUUUUGUGUUUUGAUUAUUAAUGAAUAUGUGAUUAUGUAAAACCCAUGGUUUUAAUAUGGUCGAUCGUUUAAUAAGUUUUUAAAUUA